AUGCCGAGCCUUCUCACGUGGGUGGGUCUACCCAUCGUUCUCGCCGCGCUGGCCUACCAGUUCCUCUCGGGCCCCGGCUCCAAGGCGCACGACGUCUUCGGCCUCGGCCGUCCGCUCAACUACACCUCGCACGGCCCCUGCACCAAGAUCCCCGAGCUCGAGGCGUGCGAGGACAUGUGGCUACACCGCCCGUCCGGUCUGCUCUACCUCGCGUGCUCCGACAUUAAGAGCCGUCUCUCCUGGCUUCCGGCCGUCGACAACCUCGACGUGACUGGCCGGUCCAACACAGACCACAUCGCCAUCCUCGACACCAAGGGCUCCGGACCCAUCGCUUCGCGCAUCACCAGGGUCAAGCCCGUCGGCUAUACGGACACGCUCAACCUGCACGGGCUUUCGGUCUGGGAGAUCCCUGCCAAAUCGCCCGAGCUCAAGCCGACGCUGAGGGUGUUUGUCAACAACCACCGUCCUCCCAUCGACCCUGUCUCCAAGACCGUCGUGGACGCCAAGACGGUAGGCGCCAACUCGACCUUCGAGCUCUUUGAGACCACGCUCGGCGAGGGCAGGAUGAGGCACGUCCGCACCUACGCCGGCGAAGCCGUCCGCACACCCAACAGGCCAGCCGCGGUGGGUCCAGACAGCUUCGUCUUCACCAACGACCACAAGACCAAGACGGGCAAAGGAAGGAUCCUCGACUUCUUCCUUUCGCGCAGCGACCUCGGCUUCUGUGACAAGUCCGGCUGCAAAAUCGCCAACCCGGGUCCGUUCUACUAUCCCAACGGCCUCGUUCGAAGUGCCAAGUUCCCGAACCGAAUCUACGUGCCUGCAUCAGCGGACGCCAACAUCCGCGUGUUUGAGCUGCAGGCGGACAACACGCUCACGCUCAUCGACGUGAUCCACACCGGCUAUCCCUCGGACAACAUCACGGUGGACGAGGACGACAACAUCUACACUGCGAGCUUCCCCAACGUGCCCAAGCUGCUCGCCAAGUUCAAGGACCCCGAGAACGUCGCCUCGCCCACCACCGUGCUCAAGAUCAGCCGCAACUACGACAAGGACCAGUUCUUUGGAAAAAAGUGGAAUGUCGAGAAGCUCCUUGAGGACGACGGAAGCGGCAUGUCGGGCGCCACCACCGCCGUGUGGGACAAGCACAACGGCGGCCUCUGGCUGAGCGGCGUCAUGAGUGUCACGGCUUUCUGCAAGGUCUAA